AAACACUAGAUAAAUAUUAAUUUCUAUUUGUUUGAUAUAUCAAUCUUUUGUUUGAAGUUUGAACAAUAUAAAUAUUAGAAUUUUGAGAGAACAAUUCUAAAAAGAAAAUAUUAAAAAUCCAUUUCCUUUUCAAUAGUGAAGACACGUCAUCAUGAUAGUUACCGGCUACCACCAGUCACCGUAUCAAUACAGUUCGCAAACUAUUUAAACCGUUUGUUUUCUCCUCACUUCUUCGUCUCUCCCUCUUCUUCUACUGUACUCUCUCUGCAACAAUUUUUAUUGCAUUUAUACCCUCCUCUCCUUCUCUAAUUGCCAAAACCACCCUAAAUUUCAACCAAUUGCACUUUCAAACCACCAAUAUGUCUGUAGCCACUGAACCACCCGCCGCAGAAACCCGGCCCAUACUCGCUCCGACGUGUAACCGAGUUCCGACUUUCGAAGAUCGGAGGCGAAAAAAAGAGAUGGUGAAAAAGCCGGCGGAGAAGGCUAAAAAUGUAAUUUCGCAGUCGCCGGCGAAACCAGCCGCGGCUGCUGCAGCUGUUGUACGGAGCAGCGUUUCAGCGGACAGCUCUUCGGACUCUUCUUCCACUGCUUCUUCGUCCAGUGGCUCAAUUGUAAAUUCUGUUAAGAGUUUGAGCUCGAGGAGAACAAAAAUUCGUAACGGCGUUGCUAAAUCUGUGAAAAUUGGGCCUGAAGGAGUUGUAGCUCUAACCCUCUCCCCUGCGGUUCCGCUUCCUGUUAAACGAUGCGAUUGGAUCACGCCAAAUUCUGAACCACUUUAUACUUGUUUCCACGACGAGGAAUGGGGAACACCGGUGCAUGACGAUGUCAAGCUAUUUGAGCUGUUGGUUUUAUCACAAGCAUUGUCAGAACUAUCGUGGCCGUUGAUUCUUAGCAAGAGACCAAUAUUUAGAAAGCUUUUUGAUGAAUUUAAUCCAAAGUCAGUUGCAAAUCUUGAACCCGAAAGAUUGAUAUCAAUGAGAGUGCACGGCAGCAAAUUGCUCUCCGAACCGAAACUUCGUGCGAUCGUGGAGAAUGCUAAGCAGCUGAUCAAGAUCCAGCAAGAGUUCGGCUCGUUCAGCAACUACCUGUGGCGCUUCGUAAGCAACAAACCAAUAAGAACCGGUUUUCGCCACACACGCCAAGUACCAGCCAAAACACCGAAAUCGGAACUCAUAAGCAAAGAUCUCAUGCAGAGAGGCUUCUGCUGCGUGGGCCCCACAGUCGUGUACUCAUUCAUGCAAGUGUCUGGUGUAGUAAAUGAUCACCUCAUAACAUGCUUCAGAUACAACGAAUCCGAAAAACAAGGGAGCAGAACAAACACCUGACCAGGCUGUGGAGGAUUAAGACAAUGCACAUAUAUAUGAUGGAUCUAUGUCCUAAAAUCAAAUCUUAUUUACUCAUAUCUAAUAUAAUUAAUUACUAAUAUUAGUGUCACCGUUAUCUUUUGCAUUUAUUGUGGUUCAACUACUGUCAUCCUGUUUGCUGAUUUGUUUUUAGGGUAAAUUACGGCCACCACUGGGGUAAGAUUAAGU